AUGAUCCGGGUUAUCUGUGGCCUUGACCCGGAUGUGGAACUGAUGCGGGCUGUUACCCGGCAGAGCCGUUGGCGAGAUACACGGCGGCCACGGUAUCUGACCAAGCAGCAGAGGGACCAGAUAGAGGAUCAUCCGGACCUGGAAAGGGCCCGCCGCAAUUUACACAGCGCUCGCGCCCAUUACGAGGAGUCCCAGCAACCGAGCUUACUGAAUCGUAUCCGCCAACGACAGAAAGAAUUGAAGAACACACGACAACGGCUGUUGAGGGCCUUACGGCAUCAAAACCGAGAGAACUUUGAUGAAGAGCAAGCGUUUUUGGAUAUUGAGGCGCAGUUGUCCAAUACCGCAGUAAAGGAUGAAAGCAAGGACGGAGAAUCAUCUUUACAGGAUGAUAUGCACCCACUUCAGUUACUCCUUCUUCAGCGACUUCUCUCGUACCCGACUUCCAAUUCGAUAGAGGAUGAAUAG